GAAGAGAAAAGAUAAAAAAGGAAGAAAGUGAGAAAAGUGUGAAUAAAAAUAUAUCCUUCCAAUAAUAGUCCUUGUAUUUUUGUUCUCCAACUUUCUUUUUUUUUUCUAUGCUACAAAAAUAGUAGAUACUUCGAUGUAUUUUUUUUUUUUUUUUCUCUCACUAAAAUAUAGCUCUCCUUCCCAGUUUAUUACUCUGCAACAUACCAUACUAAUCUUUAUGCAGUGUGUCAAAUUACUUUCGUUGAAGAAGUGAUUGUCUACUGCCAUCCUGAUCUGGUAGAUGAUGGAUGUGGUGCGAAAUCUGUACUAGGGCAUGAAAGACUGAAAGUCGUCAAGAGCCUUUCCACUGAGUCCUCUCCAUCGUAGCUCCACCAUUUUUUUUUUGACAGGAGAGCCGAAAAGAUGGACAGGUCCAGACUGGAUUUAAGAUUUCAUCAUUCGGGGUCAACACAAUCAGAUGAAUCUGCUCUAGAUUUGGAAAGGAACUACUCCUAUCCUAAUCUGCCUUCCUCAUGUCCAUCACCCCUUCAACCGUUUGCAUCAGGUGCUCAGCACUCUGAAAGUAGUGCUGCCUACUUCUCAUGGCCUACUUCAAGUCGAUUAAGUGAUGCGGCAGAAGAUAGGGCAAACUACUUUGGAAACCUUCAAAAGGGGGUGCUGCCUGAAACUCUGGGGCAGUUGCCAACGGGGCAGCGAGCUACCACCUUGCUCGAGCUGAUGACCAUUAGGGCAUUUCAUAGCAAGAUCUUGCGCCGGGUUAGUCUUGGCACUGCAAUUGGGUUUCGAAUCCAAAAGGGUGUGCUUACAGAUAUUCCAGCUAUUCUUGUCUUCGUGGCCCGCAAAGUUCACAGGCAAUGGCUCAAUCACGUCCAGUGUCUACCUGCUGCCCUUGAGGGGCCAGGAGGUGUAUGGUGUGAUGUCGAUGUUGUGGAAUUCUCGUAUUUUGGUGCACCUGCUCCAACUCCUAAAGAACAAUUAUAUACUGAGCUUGUAGAUGGCUUGAGGGGUAGUGAUCCAUGCAUUGGUUCUGGCUCCCAGGUUGCAAGCCAAGAGACUUAUGGAACUUUGGGUGCUAUUGUAAAAAGCCGAACUGGAAAUAGACAGGUUGGCUUCCUUACAAAUCGGCAUGUGGCAGUAGAUUUGGACUACCCAAACCAAAAGAUGUUUCAUCCGUUGCCACCCAGCCUUGGACCUGGGGUGUAUCUUGGUGCUGUAGAGAGAGCAACAUCAUUCAUAACAGAUAUUCUUUGGUAUGACAUCUUUGCUGGAACGAACCCAGAAACAUUUGUACGAGCUGAUGGGGCCUUCAUACCUUUUGCAGAAGAUUUUAACAUGAAUAAUGUGUCUACAUCUGUAAAAGGGGUGGGUGAGAUAGGUGACGUAAACACCAUAGAUUUGCAGUCUCCUAUUAACAGUCUCAUUGGACGGCAAGUGGUCAAAGUUGGAAGAAGUUCUGGGUUGACUGUAGGGACCAUAAUGGCCUAUGCCCUAGAGUACAAUGACGAAAAAGGGAUUUGUUUCUUUACUGAUUUUCUUGUUGUUGGAGAGAAUCAGCAGACAUUUGACCUUGAAGGUGAUAGUGGAAGCCUUAUUCUCUUAACUGGCCAGAACAGGGAGAAGCCACGACCUGUUGGGAUCAUUUGGGGUGGGACAGCUAAUCGGGGUCGGUUGAAACUAAAAGUUGGACAAUCCCCAGAAAACUGGACUAGCGGAGUUGAUCUUGGGCGCCUUCUUGACCUCCUUGAACUUGAUCUCAUCAUAACCAAUGAAGGGCUUCAAGCUGCGAUGCAAGAGCAGAGGAAUGCUUCAGCAGCAGGGAUUGGUUCCACAGUUGGGGAGUCAUCUCCUGCUGACCGGUUUCCAUCAAAAUAUAAAAUUGAAGAGAACUUCGAGCCACUUGGUUUCAAUGUCCAGCAUGUUCCAGUUCAACUCGAGCCGUAUAAGGAAAAGAAUCCACCAUACAUGCAUGAGUUUCAUAUAGAAAAUGGAAUCAAAACAUCUCCAAGCAUAGAACACCAAUUCAUUCCAAGUUUUGGUGCCAGAUCUCCAGUUCGUCAAAGCAACAACCGAGAGAAUCAUCUAGAAUCUAAAAAUCUCUCAGCAUUGAGGAAUGGCUCUGAUGAAGAGGUUUUUGUUUCUUUGCAGUUAGGUGAGCCCGAAUCAAAGAGAGGUAAGCAUUCCAAUUGGUCCUUUGGCAUCCAAGAACCAUAAUGAAGAGGGAACAAGAAACUUGUUCACACAAAUUGCUUAUCUAUUCCCGCUUUUAAUCGCAGGGAUAUGAAUCCUGAAUUGCUAGUAUCUCUAGUGUCAAAACUGCAAAGAAAAUGAGGUUCAUCUAUUUUGGGACCGAUUACCUUUCUUUUUAGCUUGUUUUGGUCAAGGUUACCACUAUAGGCCGUUACAUAUAUAUAUAUAUAUAUAUAUAUAUUUAUAUAUAUAUAUGAGUCAUAUGAUAUUUCAAUUUCACUUUUUAUCUUCGAUGAUCUGUACCAUUCCAAGUCAUAUAUAGUUCCAUGAGCACUCCUGAAGUGGGAGUGUGAAAACAGUUAUUGUAAGUCAAGCAUAUUGUAAAAUGUUAAUUUUGGCAA